AUGUCAGACCAGAUACAACCACCACUGAAAGGCCUUUCGGCAAGUGGCUCCGAUGCUCUGCUACGGCGAAAAACGUCCACCCCACGUGAAUGGUUAGGAGGUCGUUAUGCCAAGUUGCAAAAGCGAAAAGACCCGUUGGCAAGCUAUCCGCCUGAGUUUCGAGCGAAACUUAAGGAAUGGCCAAAACUUCUUCAGGCCGAAAUCGAUGAGAGUGUAUCUCAUCUGAAAGAGCUACGGGAAGUCAGCGAUCUCCCUGCUCUCGAAGACCGCGGACUACUACUAGGUAACCUCCGGCUUGUCUCCGAUGAUCUGCACCCGAUCACAGGGCGUACUGUCGUUCUUAGAAGGGCUCCUUCUUUGAAUGGACCCGACCGUUCCAAGAUUUUUCGUACAGGUGCCCCUGUUACCAUUCGUGAUGCUAAAACGUUAAGGGAAAUAGCUGAAUGUGUAAUGUUGGCAUCCAGCAGGAAGGAAAUCAAGAUUAAAAUCCGGCCUUCGAGCGGAUCAAGACAUCUGGAUGGUGAUACAGAAUACAUGCUUACAAUGUCACAAUCAAGCGGAGCUAUGCACUCUGUUCAGGAUUUCUUUCUGCAGAAUAAAGUGGUCGAUACACCUGGUGUAGAUUUAUUGGGUUACGCUUUUAGAGCCAAGAACAUGCCCUCAAUACACAAUGAUAGGAUGAUAGCGGACCUAUCGGAUGAGUUGAAUGAAAGUCAACGACGAGCUGUUAGUGCUGCGUUGAACAAGAAACGUCCUUUUGUGACUAUUCAAGGCCCACCGGGAACUGGGAAAACGCGAGUAGUAGCUGAAAUAGUUCGGCAGUUACUGCGUAGAAAAAUGAAGACUCUCGUGUGUGCUCCGUCCAACGUGGCGACUGAUAAAGUCAUGUCAGAAGUCAUUAGGUUAUUGGACAGUGAAAAACUUGAAAAUAUUGAUCCAGAUGACCUAAUGCAAGGCAUGAUUUCCGAUGCGGAAACCAUUGAAGAGGCUAUAACGUCCAAUGAUAAGUAUCCUGAGCUGUGUGAUAUGUUCGACAAGAUGAAUAGCCCAAUAGAUGAAGAGGACAGAGGAAAGAUGAAAAAGGAGGCGAACAAGUUGAAAUGGAAAAUCAUCAAGGAAUCCUACAAGAAGCGUCUUGCUAUUUUCUGCACUUUAACGUCAUCAGCAAUUCAACGGUUAGCGCAAAAACUUAAUGGCGAACUGCAACCUAAUUUUCUUGCAGAUGAAGCGGCGCAAGCGUCGGAACCCGUCGCAUGGGCUGCUGUUGUACAAGCCAAGCGCUGUAUACUAGCCGGGGAUCAUGCGCAGCUUCCCUCCACCAUCCUCUCUCUCGAUGCUCGCAAAGGGAAUCUUGAUGUUUCUUUGAUGGAGAGACUCGCGAAGGAGUUCUCUAAUACAAAUAUCAACCAGCUAUUGACCGUUCAAUAUAGGAUGAACGAAAAGAUUAUGCAAUGGUCUUCCACGGAGUUUUAUGAAUCAAGACUUGUAGCUGCCGAAGAAGUGUCACAGAUUACCCUGAGUGACAUAUCCUUCAUUCCGAGCGAUUCUCCGUUGAAUAUACCACUCCUGAUGAUAAACACCGAUCUUGCAAAGGAAGAUGGGAAACAUCUAUUUAGAGAAUUGUCGUCUCAGAUGUCAUUCAAAAAUCCAGGUGAAGCUGCACUAGUGAUCCGUUAUGUAGAUGUUCUGAAGUCAAUUGGAAUCUCAGGAAAGGAGAUCGCUGUCAUUUCUCCCUAUUACGCACAGGUGGCGGCGAUUCGUAGUAUUAUAAACGCAACAGAUGUAUCCGUAAACACCGUAGAUUCAUUCCAAGGUCAAGAGCGGGAAGUUGUCGUUUUCAGCAUGGUUCGGCAUAAUCCUGAACAAGUAAUUGGAUUUCUGCAAAAUGAGCGCCGUCUGAAUGUUGCGAUUACACGUGCGAAGCGACAAUUUGUUCUGAUUGGCAGUGCUCGUAUGAUGAAAAAGAACCGUCAUUUGCGUUCACUUUUGAGGUUCGAGAUUUUCUUACGUUAG